UAUAAUGGCAAAGCUGAAUUUUCAGUCUUCAGUGUCGCGUGAUCCUGAGCGCUGCAGGCGUGAGGAAGUGAUGUGGGUCUCCUCCCUCAGCGCGACACGCCCAGCUCAGGAAAGCGCCUUUUAACGUCCUGGGAUCGGUUCAGUUAUGUCCUCAUUAAGUGGAAAAUCUGAUAAGGAGAUCAGUCAGCUGCUGGAUGAAUAUGGCAUUAAACAUGGACCCAUAGUAGAAUCCACACGGAAGCUCUAUGAAAAGAAACUGAAUGAAGGCAUGGUCAAAAAAGAUAAGCCUUCCUCUCCUAACAAGACGUACUACCGGGAAGAACAGGAGGAAGUUGAAUAUGUGACCUAUCAUCAGCCUCCACAAUUGACCAGACACGAAGGAUUUGGCGAUGUCACAAGGAGGUCGAAGGUCACCGAUGCAGAUUUUGCCGACAACAUACGCAGGUCAAAGCUGACUGAUUACAGAGAUGACGACAUAGGCUAUACCAACGAGCCCAUGAUCAGCCCAGCUCGCUCGUCCUAUCAGAGCUCUUCUCGGGCAGGCCCUUCAGUCUCCACAUCCAUGCAGCGUGGUCCGUCCAGUCCAGAGAACAGCCGAUCUGGAGGGGUGCUGGGCUGGCUUCAUGUCUUGGCGUUUCUUAUCAUUGCUGCGUUUCUUUAUUACGUGUACACAUGUAUGGAGCCUGCAGAGGAGACCCCCUUUAAAAGUGUUAAGUAGAGGAAUGGAGAGGUUUUAAAUAUGUUCAUCAGCCCCAACCUAAACUGAUUCUGUACAAACACAACCAUAAAUAUAGCCUAAGAGUUUAAGAAAUAAUAUUCUGUAUGAAUACAGAUAGUGAAGUUUAGUACCAGUUGUCUUACAAUCAUGAACUUGUGGAUAAUGCGUAAAGUUUUAUUCAAAUACUUGCUUUGUGCAUUUUUAUAAUCUAACAGGUACAAAUGUGGAAAAGAAUAGAAAAGAUAAUUGGGGCAUUUAAGUCUUUAAAGCUUAUUUUCUUAUGAAUUGUAUGUACGAUCCUUUUGCUGUGUAUUUAGGGCUUGUGUUCAUGGGACAUUCAGUGGAGCACUGUUUGCUAAACCAUUUCAGUUCGCUCUUAAUAAAUUCCAGGUGCUGAAUUUAAAA